AUGUCCGAUACCAGACGUAUUUUGGGACAUGAGAUAAAAUGGCUUCCAAAAAUUCUAAGGGCUUCGUCAGACUCAAUGAGCCAAAUUCUUAGCACUUCCAAUGUGAUUGCAGAGUCAAGCUUCAAAAUGAGAACCAUUCACAACCAGAUAUUUCUUCCUCAUUUCAUCCUCGAAUCGGGUACCACACUAUACAAUGUCAUUAUUGCUUACUCAACCUAUGGGUUAUUGAAUGCGAAACGCGACAAUGUGAUUGUUGUAUGUCAUGGUUUCUCUGCGAGCACACAGGUUACGCACUGGUGGAAAGGAAUGGUGGGCGCCAAUCGCGCCCUGGAUCCCAGCAAAUACUUCAUCAUUUGUUUGAACGCCUUGGGAAGUCCAUUUGGGUCUGCGAGCCCCCUGACAUCGAUCAACGAACAGCUAUCGCUGGGACCUUACGGGCCUAACUUCCCUCUGGCAACCAUUAGAGACGACGUACGGAUCCAUAACGAAGUCCUCAAUAUUUUGGGCAUCCAGCAUAUCCUGUGCGUAGUAGGGGGCAGUAUGGGGGGUAUGACAGCGUUGGAAUGGGCCUACCUGGGUUCCCAGAAGGUCCGCUCCUUUGUGUCGAUUGCUGCAACAGCCAGACUGGGUGCCUGGGCAAUUAGCUGGAAUGAGGUCCAACGGCAUUGCAUUAUCAGCGAUCCAGCAUACAGAAAUGGCCAGUACAGCCCAUUGGCACCGCCCGUGUCAGGACUUAUGGGUGCCCGAAUGGCCGCACUCUUAACCUACCGGUCUCGGGACUCAUACGAAAAUCGGUUUGGUCGAGACCUAGCCAUGGGUUAUCGGGCCUCUCCCUUGUCUCCCGCCACUCCCGAGUCUGGUUCAAUCUCAAUGGACAGUGGGUCGUCUGAAGAAAAUUUUGAAGACUCCCCCCAACCAUUCCUCACCCAGACCUAUAUUCGAUACAAUGCCGGCAAAUUCUGCACUACUUUUGAUGCUAACUGCUACAUUGCUUUGACGCACAAGCUUGACACCCAUGAUGUAACCCGGGGUAGAGUGUCCAGUACCUCGCAGACGCCAGUAGCUGAUGCACUUAGUCAAUUGACGCAGCCUGGGCUAGUGGUGGGUAUUUCAAGUGACAUGCUGUACCCGCUUCAAGAACAAAAGGAUAUGGCAUCGGGUCUGCGAAACGCAGAGUAUCGAGUGAUUGUGAGCGAUAAUGGGCAUGAUGGAUUUUUACUCCAUACAGAAGAGCUCAACUCAAUUCUGGAGGAUUUUCUGUAUAGUGUGAACAAACAAGUUACCGUGUUGGAACCAUAAAUAGUUAUGCUAUUGAUGCAUUUGGA